GAAUUUCUUUACCUAAAUAAAUAUCUUCAUAAAAUUCUUAAAAAAAUAAUGAAAGAAACCAAAAAUACUUUAAAUCACAAAGAAUUUUUAAAAGUAAAGAAUAAUCCGCCAUGUAAAUUAAAUAUGAAGAUUGAUGAUUUAUUACGAGAUAGAUACAAUAAUAAUUCGUAUAAUUUGUAUCUACGAAAUGUAUUGGCGCAGCCUAAUAAAAAGGGUCGCGGUAGUAUAUCUAAAAAUUUAUUAAAUAAAAUGUGGAAAGAGGAGUCCGAUGAAAUAAAAAAGUUCUUUAGAAUUUUAGCAAUAGAAGGGAAUCACAGAUUCAAAUUAAGAAACCCAAAAUCGCCAUCGACGCAACCGUCACCACAACCAUCAAAAAAGAAAUUACCGUUACUAUUACCACGUCCACCAUUGACCCAACCACAUGUUUCUUACCAACCCAAAUUAUUAUACGAAUAUUAUCAACCACAACCAUUAUCUUCACAUGACAAAUACUGGAACAUGUACAAACUAUCAGAUGAGUUAUGUCAACCACAACUGCAACCACAGCUUCAAGUUCAACUGCAACCGCAACUGCAACCGCAAUUGUCAACAAUACUACCGCAACCAUUGCCUCAACAUAUAAAUUAUCAACCGUUAUCACAUGAAGAUAAUCAGCUCCCAGAAUUUUAUUUACCGCCACUGCCAGAGCUAUUUCCAAAUAAUGAACACGAACAGCCACAGUCACCAUUAUAUGACGUUUAUUUUAAUUGGUAAAAAUUAUAAAAAAAAAAAUUAUAUAUAGACCAUUUGAUAUGAUGGGUAAUCUUAAGCAAUAUAAGUUAUCAUAUAAGUAAUAUAAGUUAUAAGACAUAUAAGUAAUAUAAGCUUUUAUUUAUUUGUAAUUUCAUGAAAUAUUUCUUUUUAUAUUUGUGAUAUUUUAUAUUUAAAUUAUUAUUUAUAAUUAAUACCUGAUAUCGACUUUCAUAUUUUACUUUUAUAGUUUUUAGCAUAGUAUGUGUGUGAUAGCUUGAUGAACGGUAAGGCUAUUUCUAUUGGAACAUUAGUAGAGUUAAUAAAAUAUCUCUCUAAUUUUAAUAGGAAAUUUUUAGUUCUAUUGUCUAUUCCUACAUAUUAUGUAAUAUAAGCUGUAUAACGAAUGAUUUUUUUAACUUACAGCAGAUUACGAUUAAAAAAAUUAUGAUUUGCUAAUUUAAGUUCAAUUUCAUAUUCUUAUUG